AUGAUGCUGGUCAUGUGCAAUCCUCUACAGGUGUUUGGAGUGGACGGGGUGAAUUUCAGCGUGCACGUAGAGAAUCAGACUCGUGCACGAGACGCCAUGAGCCGGCGACAUCAUCGCGUGUACCAGCUUUACAGCCGCACCAGUGGGAAACACGUCCAGGUGCUCGGACGCAAAAUCAGCGCCCGAGGAGAGGACGGAGACAAAUAUGCCCAGCUCGUAGUGGAGGCAGACACCUUCGGCAGCCAGGUGCGAAUCCGAGGGAAGGAAACCAAUUAUUACCUGUGUAUGAACCGCAGAGGGAAACUCGUAGGCAAGAAGGCCAGCAAUCGUAGUGCAGACUGCGUCUUCAUCGAGAAGGUUCUGGAAAACAACUACACAGCGCUAAUGUCAGCGCGCUACACUGGGUGGUACGUGGGCUUUACCAAAAGAGGGCGCCCUCGCCGUGGUCCGCAUACGCUUCCCAACCAGCAGGACGUCCACUUCAUGAAGCGCUUUCCACCCGGAGAGCAGCCUGAUUUAAUGCCGUUCCGCUUCACCACCGUCAGCAAGAGGAGCAAGAGAGUCCGUGCAGCGCGACCACGCUAAUGCUGACACCAGUGUCCCACUGCUAACGUUUACAUGAGGACGAGAAAUAAACAAAAAGACAGUCCCAGUGAAAAUGACACUGCUAAUGCGAAGCAGGACUGUCUUGUCUUAUUUGAACAGACGAUGCGAUAGCAUCACUUUAUAUUCCACUGGGUUGGACCUCUACAACCCUAAUAAUAAAGACUAGCUAAUUUACACCAGAGCUGUGGUUAAGACAGCUUACUUCAGACAUGGAGAUGACUAACCAAAGCAAACACAAGCAGACAUCUGGCCCAGUGGACGGGUGGAGGAAGCGUUAGACUGCGCAUCCAACAAGCAGCCCACAAUGAAGACACGAAACAAAACACAAGCGAAUUGGCUUGUAGACGCCGAUUGUGUGGCAAUUUUCCUAAGACAAGACUUGGACGUGAUCCCGCCAAAGGGAGAGCAGCAGAAAUCCCUGAACCUGCGGAAGAAAUAAAGACAGAAAUGGACACUGAUUGAAAACGGAGUCAGAAAGGCUACUGUUAUAUGGGAGCUCCUUGGGUAAGACCUGCCUUAAAAGACAUGCUGAGACAAAAUUGAAAAAUCGGGCAUUGUUUGCUCACCUCAUGUUGCUCCCAAUGCAUCUAUUUUUCACACUACAGUUCAUAGUUAACACAUCCGUCAAGCUCUCGAAAGGUCAAAAACACCAUAAAAGGUUCAUGCCACACAUCCAUUAUAUUCCAGGUCAUACA